AAUUUGAUGUUGCUAUGACAACAGUCACUUUGCUGAUAAACUAAGAUGGCUCUGCCGCUACUGCCAGGAAACAGUUUCGAUAAAAAUCUUGGAAGGACAAAUUUUCACAAGGCUCAAUUUUUUGACUACAAUGCAGACGUUCCAGUAAAUAAAUCUGCAGAAAGUGGUGGCCAGCUUGAUAAGAAUAGAAGUGUUUAUCCUGAGGGUGUAGAUAAAGGAGAACCUGCCUGGGUAGCAUUUGACAGACAGGUAUUGAGGUUUAAUGCAUACUUUCAAGAAGGAAUUGAAGAAAAGCGUGAAGAGCAAUUUCGUGUUCGAAACUGUGUUAUUCUGUUUUACUUGGAAGAUGAUAGUGUUCAAGUUAAUGAGAAGCAGAUAGAAAAUAGCGGAAUACCUCAAGGUACUUUGAUUCGUCGCCACAGAAUACCUCUUCCUCCACCUGAUGAUGACAAAUUCUACACUGUGGAACACUUCAACAUUGGGCAUUGUGUGCAACUCUACUCAAAGAUGUUUCAAAUCACUGGUUGUGAUCAGUUUACAAAAAACUUUCUGGCCAAGCUUGGAUCCAAAGUGCCACCAGCAGCUGAGGCACCAAGUGAUCCAUACAGUGAGCAUCGUGACAAGAUGAUAGGUUCUAUGCAACCUCACCGACCAUAUGAAAGGCUUGACACUCUGAGGCAGUUUCUGGACUGUGAUAGACAGGUAUUGCGUUUCUAUUGCCUGUGGGAUGAUACUGACAGUACAUUUGGUGAUCCUCAUGAGCUUGUAUUGCAUUACUAUUUGGCUGAUGAUACUAUUGAAAUAUUGGAAAAAAUUCCACAAAAUUCUGGCAGAGAUUCUAUACCAGUUUUCCUUAGAAGAGAAAAGUUGCCAAAGAAUCCUCCUGGUAUGUAUCAACCUGGAGUUCAAACAAAACGAACUGUUCUUAAUGUUUUUGGACCCACUGGCCAUGGAGGACGUUAUAUAUUAGAUGCACUGAAAACUGGAGCAGUUCACAAUGAAUACUAUCAUGAAACUGAUUUGACUAUUGGAGCCGUCUUAAAUGUUUGGGGCAGAAAAGUAUUGUUGUGUGACUGUGAUGACUUUACUAAAAAUUUUUAUUCAACCAAGUACAAUGUUGGGAAAUUUGAACCAAUCCAGUUUCCAGCAAGUAGUGCUCGUGAGAUUAAGAAUGAUCUUCCACCAUACACUGGAUUUGGUUCUGAAGAAGACUCACUUUCUUCCUGUCUUCACCUGAUUCCAAAAGCUCCCCGUAAAGAUCAUGCAAAAUUUAUGGAAAAGGAUAGGCAAGGUCUGAAGAGCAACGUAUUGCGUUUUGUAGCUUGUUUAAACUCAAAUACAAGCACUGAUAUUGGAAGGAAGUUCAUUGUAUCUUAUUAUUUGUCUGAUGACACCUUAACAGUCUAUGAACCACCUAUUAGAAAUUCAGGAAUUAUUGGUGGUAAGUUUCUUGAGAGAUGUAGAGUAGCCAAACCUAAAGCAAAUGAAAGUGAUCCUUCAGUAUACUACCAACCUGAGGAUUUCUACAUUGGAGCAGAAGUUGUAUUCAAUAAUUUCUCAUUCAUUCUGACUGAAGCUGAUGAGUAUGCAAUGCGUUACAUGGAAUCAAAUUCAGAUCAAUUCCCUCAUGCAAACAUAAAUCUUAUCCUCUCUAAACUGAAAGGACCAGCUACUGCACAUAUUGAAAAAAUUAAGACAGCGUUCAAUGAUGCUGAUAUUGACAAAAAAGGCUUUGUAACUGAGGAAGAAUUUAAAACCCUAGUGAAAGGAUUGGCUCAUGGGUUACUCAAUGAGCAUGAAGUACUCACACUCUGCCGCUACUACAAAACAGCCAAAAGACCACCACUUGCUUCAUUGACCACAAUGGUUCAAGCCGAUUUGAAAAAAAAUAAAUUCCAAAAGUUUAGUGAGCUUGAAAGUGUACUGAAAUCAUUAGACACAGAGGGAUCAGGCUAUCUGCCCACAGGACAAGUCUUGCAUGGUUGUCAACUUCUUGAACUUCCAGUCUCUGAUCAAUUGAUUGAAGCGUCAAUGGAAAACUGUCAGAAAAGCAAAACAGGCAUAUUAUACCAAGAAUUUCUUCAGCUGGUAAACUGGGUCGAACAUCCAGUAGAGCCUCAAGACAAACUACCAGAAAAUGUGCCAGAAGAAGCUACAACUAUUAACUAUACAUCUCUCAUUGAAGACUUGACAGCAGCAAAGAGUUAAAGGCAACAAAAAGCAUCGCAUAUACAUCUUAACAGACACAAUAAAUUAUUACUUAAGUACUCUAUCGAUUAUUACAUAAAUUAUUAUUAGUUACUGUACUAUUAACAUUAUGAAACCAAACAUGACAUUAUACUUUGAAA